ACCGAGCAGCAAAUUCGCCGUGCGGAAGAGGCGUUGGGGGGGGGGGGAGUGUGUCCGAACUGGCGGCGUGGCCGGAGUUGGAGAGAAGAAGAAAGGGGGCUUGGAGCUGCCGCGCUUCCUCAUCCUCCGUAGCUUUGGAGUUCCCGGAAUCCGGCGCCUCUUUUCAGCGCUUCCUCUUCCUUGGGAAUGUUUCUGUGCGGAUGGGCGGGCUCCUUUCUUCCCUAGAAACCAGCCUGAAGUUUGGGACUACAUCAGGAGUUGCAGGGGGAUUGCCCCUUCCCUCAAUUCUAACUCCAGCCAUUACUCCUUCCCUCUUCUUAAUAUGGCAGUGGUGGGUGAAGACCCGGCCAGAUUUACAACAGAUGCUCUGCCUUCUGACGCCAGACUCCUCCCAACAUUGACAAAUGCCUAUCUGGGCACCCGAGUCUACAGGGACAUCCUUCAUGUCAAUGGGGUGUACAAUGGAGCAGUUGGGCAGACACAUCGGGCUGAUCUCCCCAGUCCCGUCAAUGUCAAAAUGGAUGUGGAUGGGGCUGAUGACCUGAGGGAGACCUUCUGUCUGGACACCAGGACAGGGACAUAUAUCCAUACAGCCCAGUGCUCAGAAUAUACAGCUACUCAUAUGAUUUAUGCCCACCAGUCUCUUGUCCAUCUCCUGGCCUUCAACAUAACGAUUGCAAGGUCAGCUUUCGAAACUAAGCCCAUCACAGUGAAUCUCCACACCCAGUUCACACCCGAGAGUCCAGACCUGGACUUGCAGAAAGGGCCAGAUUUCCUGGGAGCUCACUAUUUAUAUGGAAAGACAUUGGUCCCAGAAGUAGAGGGUGGCCCCCAGCCUACUGUACACAUGAUCUGGACCCCGGUGCCCCAAUCAGUGACCCUCCCUGGAGAUCACAAGGAGCAGAGGUGGGAGUUCCUCACUGCCAUAGCAGAGACUGAAGAGGAUGUGCAAAGGACCUUUUGUGAAGGGAUGUCCCUGAUCGGAUCUGGUUCCUUAUAUCUGUCUCACAUCCAGGCCUGGGCAGCACUCUGGGAAGGCUGCUGUGUAGAUGUGGACGGGCCUCUUUCCUUGAGGCAGGCCAUCUAUGGCUGCCUGUAUUACCUGCUGAGUGCCAUUCCUCCUCCGGGCUCUGCUGGCUUCCCUUUCUCUGGAAUCAGCCCAGGAGGCCUUUCCAAUGGCACCUCUGGUGAAGACUACUGGGGCCAUGUCUUCUGGGACCAGGAUACCUGGAUUUUCCCAAACAUCUUGCUUUUCUAUCCAGAAGCUGCUUGUGCUAUCCUAAAAUACAGGAUCCGAACACUAGAGGGAGCUCUACACAACGCACAGGAACAAGGUUACAAGGGUGCAAAGUUUCCCUGGGAGAGCGCAGCAACAGGCCGAGAGGUCUGCCCUGAGAAAAUUUAUGGAGGCGAGGAGAUCCACAUCAAUGGAGAUGUGAUGCUGGCAUUCCAGCAAUAUUUCUGCAUCACUCAGGACUUGAAGCUCUUUCAGCAGGAAGGCGGCUGGGAUGUAGUCCAGGCUAUCGCUCAGUACUGGUGCAGCCGAGUUGUGUGGAACUCUGAGGAAGAAAACUAUCACAUUGUUGGUGUUAUGCCUCCAGAUGAAUAUCAUUGCACUGUAGCUAAUUCUGUCUAUACAAAUGCAGUUGCCCAGAGGAGCUUGAAAUUUGCAAUUGACUUGGGCUCCCAAUUGCAUUUUGUUGUCCCUGAAGAGUGGAAGGAGAUUAUGAAGAAACUUAAAGUGCCUUUGGAUAAGAGUAGAUGGUACCAUCCAGAAUAUGAUGGAUAUUGUCCAGGUGAGCCAGUGAAACAAGCUGAUGUUGUCUUGCUUGGGUUUCCUGUCAUGUACCCCAUGGAACCAGAAGUCAGAAGGAAUGAUCUAGAAAUCUAUGAGCCUGUGACUGAUCCCCAGGGGCCAGCCAUGACUUGGAGCAUGUUUGCAAUUGGCUGGUUGGAGUUGAAGGAAAUCAAAAGAGCACAGCAACAAAUGGACAAAUGUUUCAGCAACAUCACCGAGCCGUUCAAGAUCUGGGUGGAAAACUCUGAUGGAUCAGGAGCUGUAAAUUUCUUGACCGGGAUGGGUGGAUUUCUGCAAGCCAUCUUUUUUGGAUAUGCUGGGUUCAGGAUCUCCAGAAGCUGCCUGAAGUUUGGCCCUGUUUAUCCUGAUGAUAUAAAGCAGCUGGACAUUACUGGAAUCUGCUACUUAGGAAGCAAGCUGAAUUUCACCCUCACCAAAGAGAAAACCAUCAUCAAAAUGACCGAGUCUUCCUCUAAUUUACACUUACCUGCUCUGGAGGUGGUACUGGCUGGAACAGGAGAGCAUCUAUCCUUAAAAGAAGGGCAAAGUGUCUCCUUCUUUACAACUGCUGGCUGGAUUCAGAAAGAAUCUGUUCUGCCAUGAAAACCAGCUGGGUGACUUUGGGCCAGUCCCACUCUCUCAGUUCAACCUACCUCACAAGACUGUUGUUGUGGGGGAAAUAGAAGGAAGGUUUAUUAGAAAUGUUUGCCGCUUUAAAUUAUUUUUAAAAAUAAUAAAGGAGGGGUACAAAUUUAAAAAAAACAAAUAAACUUUAUGACACACAUAAAAGCUAUCAAGAAAAAGUUGAUAAUUUUCUUAUUCUAUAUUAUUACUGCCAUAUUGCAGAGACAUUCAUUUGUAAGUCUCAGCAAUAUUAUUGGAGAAAUCUUUUUUUAAUGAGUAUGUAAUGCUACAGUAUACAGCCUGAGAUAAUACAAAUUCCAUGGAUACUUAAUGAAAAGAUUAUGCCUUUGCCUUUUUGCUUUAAUAUUAUAUCGUUGUUGCUCCCCAACUGGAUGUUGAACACUUAUAUUUUUAUUUGUACAGUGUAAUUCUUGCAUACAGGUCGUCUUUAACUUACAAUAGUUCAUUUAGUGAUCGU